AUGUGCGAUUUCAAAUCUAUUGUUGGCCUUUUCCAAUCAUGUUUGGUUCCUCGUCGUCGUCGAACAACAACCACCCUCAAGCUUGAUCAAAUAUCAAUUACCGAGAUUUUGCAAGGUUUGAAGAAUGGUCAUUUUUCAAGCGAAGAACUUGUUAGAACUUACAUUAAGCGUAUCGAACAAGUGAAUUUGAUUGUCCAUGCCGUUAGUGAGGUUAAUCGUAACGCUAUCGAAAUUGCUAGGGAAAAAGAUGAAGAACGGUCCCGCGGCUCGGCCCGAGGAAGUCUUCAUGGAGUACCGAUCCUAAUUAAGAAUCUAUUUUUCACCACUGACGGCCUCAAAACCACCUUUGGCUGCACGGGAUUUCUUGAAGCCAUUCCAAGUAUCGAAGCAACGACAGUCAUCAAGCUUCGUGAGGAAGGGGCAAUUAUUCUUGGAAUAGCAAAUGGUUCUCAAUGGGCAAAUAACCGAUGUACUCCUGGUUGGUCUGCCGUCGGAGGUCAGUGUUUGGGUAUCUAUUUUAAAGAUCAACAUCCUAAAGGUUCAUCAUCUGGCAGUGCUGUUGGAACUGCUUUAGGACUUUGUGCUGCUGCUUUGGGUUCUGAGACUUCUGGUAGUGUGAUAUUACCUGCCCAGAGAUCCGCCAUAGUGGGAAUCAAACCUACAGUAGGGAUGACUUCGAGAUAUGGAAUGUAUCUUGCAAGUGAUAGUCAGGAUACUGUAGGGGUAUUAGCAAGAAGUGUGAAAGAUGCUGCACUUAUAUUGACUGUGAUUGCAGACAUGCAAAAAUCCCUCUCCCAUUUCUCCACCAACCCACAUUCUCUCUCCAUCCUCUCGGAUAUAAUCUCCUAUACAAUCACUACACCCGCCGAAGAAGCCUCUACGCGCGGUUACGCAUUCCUAGAAUCGUGUCUCCAAGCUGGAAAAUCUUAUUCUCAUAAUAGCGAUGAAUAUAUAAAUUCUAAAGCAGAAAGAGAAUACAUGGGUAGACAAAUAUCAAAAUUACUAGAUAAGUUCGAGUGUGAUAUGAUUCUCCUCCCUACAUGCGUAGCUGUCGAACCGGCGGAUGUGGGUGGUAAUCCUGUGGUGAGUGUACCGAUGGGUUAUUAUCCCGCUGGAACGGAGGUCACGAUUCAAAAUGGGAUGGUGGAUUUUGGGCCGGGGAUUCCAGUCGCAGUAUCGUUCAUAGGAAAAAGAUGGGAUGAUGAAAAAUUAAUCGUCGCGGCAAAUGCGUAUGAAAAUGCUACGCUGUGGAGGGAAAAGGGAAAGAUGCUCGUAGAAUGUAAUGUUGAGUUGUCUAUUGCUAUUCCUAUAUAG